AUGGCGUAUGAGUAUAUUGAGAUGAGAACAAAAUGGAAGGGACAGGAUGCCUUGUAUCAAGAAUUAGAUCCUGAGGCUUCUAACAUUUUUGCCUCGGUCUUGAGGAGCAAUUCUAUUGAUUAUCCUAAUGACAACACUCCACUAAUCCAAAAGCAAGGCAGUCAAUCAACAGACAAUUCCGCAUCCGACACCGUUACAUUGAUACUAUUCGUGGUGGUGGUGGUUACAGGACUUGCCAUUUGGUGGUGUUAUAGUGAGGAUCUGUACAUGUUAUACCGAAUUUUAUAUUUAAAAGAUAGCGGAACUUUAGGUAGUAAUAAAGAAUACAAGGUUCCAUUUUCAACUGUACUUUCUCGGCGCUGGAGAUUCCGAGUAAGAAAGGUAGUUGUUAUCUUAUCUGCUAUUAUUACGCUCUGUUGCGAUGAUCUAGUUGUAAUGUUAGACCAGAAAAUCUUUUUAAAACGGCCAGGCGUUACUUCGGCAGACAAUAAGGAGGAUGAAGAACUGUCUCGUCAAUCGACACAACCGUUAAGAACCACUACAGAUACCAAAUCUCUGCUUUCUAAGAAAACCAAAUCCACCAUUGCCAAGAGCUCUCCCUCAAAUAUUAAAGUGAAGACUCGAUCGAAGGUGAAAUCCAGUUUAAACAACAAUAAAUCAUCUGUUGAAGUUUCCUCAUCAAAAUCUGCUUCUUGCGCGGUGACGCCAGCGGAAAAUAUUACAGGAGGAGCAGCUUCGUUAGCUGCAAACGUAUCUUCAACAAUCACAACAAUGUUGAAUGCUAAAUUGCAUGCCGAUGCUUCAUCUUCAAUGUCAUCUUUAUCACAACAAGCACAAGAACUAGGUAAGAUACGCGAAGGUGAGCGUACUAGCGAUGAGUCCCUGAAAAACUAUUCAAUGAACGAGAUUCAGGAAAGGACUCUUGAGGUUAUCGAGGCUUAUGAAGAGAUUGGAAAUGCAUUCAAGAGAGCCGCUAUCGCUGUUGAUAAGUUAAAAACUAUAUUGCCACCUGGUAUUAGCAUUGUGAUCCCACAACUUCCGGUAACUCCGGAAAUAUCUGAAAGUCAACAAUCGGAAGAAUUCCCUAAUAACUCGGUUGCAGAUCAACCAUCAGCCAAUGCUGCUUCAUCGUCAGCAUCUAACAACGCCUCUAUACAGAAUAUCCUUAACUAUACAACAUCUGAAAAUACGACCAAUGAUAACGGGAUAUGGGAUUAUAGUAACUCUAACAACUCGUCGACAUGGAUGAACCAUGGUGAUUCAUCUACAUGGGCAAACAUAGAAUCUCCUCCAUUUGUCAACGAUGAUGCUGAAGAAGAUGCCUUACCUCCGUUAUUCUUUAAUAAGAAUGCACGCAAUAACAGAGAUGGGACGUUAGAUACCAAGAUGAAUUCUAACCACAUUAUAGAAAUUAUCGAUGAUGAUUAUUCAGGAACCGGUUCUGAAUCACUAUAUUCUGGCAAGCGCAAAGAAACAAGUCAACGUGAAUAUCAAAAUCAAUUUGGUGUCUACAACAAUAGAAUUGAGCGAAUAAAGGCUGGCGAACCCACUAAAGGGAGAGUGAGUGAACGAGCCGAAAGCAGCAGCAACAGAAAAUCAAAGGAAAAAGGACAUCGUCUUCAGAAUCCGACACGACAUCGUAGUGCGCCGUACACCACCACAUCUCCCAAUAAUGGAAAAUCGGAAUCUGGGACAUUUGAUUAUUCAAAUACGAAUUUCACCGCUGAAGAAGUCGUUAUUCUCGAAGAAUUCAAUAAAUACUAUAGACAAAGGAAAUUAAUAGAUGUGACUACAAUACAGUCGAAAGUCGCAUCUGAGAUCAGUAGUAUGGAACCCAAUGUUAACUUCGAGCAAACCGCAGUUUCGAAAUUGGAAA